AUGGCGCUCCAGUCGAACAGUCGACGGGGUCUCUCAAAGAAUUCGAUUAGUCCCGUCUCAGAAGAAUUCACUUCGUCCGAGAAAGAGAGCGAUGGAGGCGCCUCCUGGAAGGAUCUUUGUUUCCCCACCGAAGCCAAGGGGAAAUUAGAUAUUUUCAAGACGCGUUAUCGGCAGAACAAGUGUCCGAAGGCGAAAAUGCAGGACUUUGAAAUUCUCGGCUUGAUCAAACUGCAUGAGCCGAAGCUCUUUGUCUGCAAACACAUCGCUCAGAACGCUCUCUACACAAUGGAAGUCAUGUGCAAGAAUAACUAUCGCCAGAAAUUACGUCGAAAAUUACCGAUCCGAGCAAAGAAAAUUCAAUACGCUCUGCAAAUUCCAUUCGCUGCGCCGUUACAUUUUGCUUUCAAGACCGAAAGAAACUUGCAUUUGGCCAUGGAGUAUGCGUGCUUCGGAGAUCUCCAUGGAAUUAUGGAAGACCGUCGACGACCUUUCACCGAGCCAGAUGUCAAGUUCUUCGCAGCUCAACUGAUCUUAGCGCUUCAGUUCCUCCACGCCGCGCGUGUGGUCUAUCGUUCGAUCAAUCCGCGAUUCGUUAGUAUGUAUGAAGACGGCUACGUGAAGUUGAGCUAUUUUCAAAAAGCCAAGAAAUUGAAAGGCAAAGCCACCAAGACCAUCAUGCGGAGCGAUAUGAAUUAUCGCGCUCCGGAAAUAGUCCUGGGGAACCCGUACAGUUUCGGCGUCGACUAUUGGGCGCUCGGCAUCUUCAUUUACGAGACGCUCUCGAUGAGAACGCCGUUUGAAAACACUGAUACCAGUUCCGUCUGUGAGAACAUCGUUGAGAAAGAGCCGUCUUUAGGGACGAACUUCUCGGUGGAGGCUCAAUCUUUCAUGAAGAUGCUCCUGGUGAAAAAACCUAGUGAACGCAAAACCCGAGACGUUAGGGUGCACCCAUGGUUCAGAGACCUGAACUUCGAGAUGCUCUGGAAGAAAGCCUAUACAUUCGAUACCACAUCCUACAAACUCGUGGACCGGGUGGAAAGCCCAGCCUCGGAGUUCGUGUAUGCGACCUUUGCUGACGGAAAAUCGCCUUCAGGGAUAUUUUCGGGAUUUUGA